AUGAUCAACGAACAACAAGAAGAACAAGACGACGAUAUAAGUUUUUAUGUCCAAAACAAUGAAUCGGCUAUGUUAAAAUCAGUUUCAGGUUCAAAAUCAUAUGGAAAUCAUGCAGAUGAACGAAUUAAAAUUAAUCGAGAAACAUCAAUCGAUGAAUAUCAUCAUCAAUCACGUGUACGUCGACCAAGUAUUGUCAUUCGAGAACAUCAAUUAGGAAAUUAUCCAAUAAAUUAUGAUCCAUCACCUGAAAUAAUUCGAAAAAAACAUGAAGAUUAUUAUGAACCUAUCGUAUAUAAACAACAAAUUGCCGUUCGAUAUUUAUGUCCACCAACUCCACCACCACCAGCUCCAUUAAUUAUUCGAGAAAUUCGACCAAUUCAACCAUUGCCAUUGCCACCUAUUAUUAUUCGGCAACGACCACCACCACCAAUUACUCCGCCACCAAUAAUCAUUCGAGAACGACCACCAAUUCCACCAUCUUAUACAACACCUCAGAUUAUUUAUAAACGUAUUUCACCAAUUCAACAAUUAGAACGUCGUGUUAUUAUUGAACGUCUACCUCCAAUGCCUGCUAAACCUCCUGAUAUUAUUGUUGAACGUUGGCUUCCAUAUAGGAAACAAAAACGAAAGGUUAUUUAUGAAAGAGCAUUAUCAAAUAAUGAUCAUUUAACAUCAUCUAAUAAUAAACAAACAAAGAAUAAUUUCAUCAUGCAAUAUAAAGGUUUUCGUCUUCAUUCGCAUAUUAUUGAAGAUGAAAAUUUAGCUCGAUUAAUUUCUAAAAUAGCUGCAAUAACAACCUAUGCAUUUAUUGGUGUCACUACACUUAGGACACUGGGUGUUGAUACUAUAUCAUUAUUAGCUGGUAUUGGUAUAACAGCUAAUGAUGAAGCAAAUGCAGGCUUUGUCGAUAUGAUUGAACCAUCCACAAGUGAUGCAACAAAACCACCUGAAUCAUUAUCUACAUUCAAGAUGAGGUUUGAUGCAGAACUAGAAGGAUCAUUUAAAAAAGCACCAUUCAAGGAAAAACUAUGGAAUACGUAA